GGGCCUGGAGCGGCUGAGCUCGGGCGGGCGGAGGAAGCGGAACGAGAAGGUCCCGGCCAUGCUCCUGUCCCUGUGCUCGCUGCUGUUGGCCCCCACCCGGCUGCUGUUGGCCAUAUGGGACCUGGCAGCCAGGCUGGGGGUGGCAGUGGCCACGGUGGCCGCGGCUGUGGCCUAUGGGCUGUGGGGGCUGUGGGUGCUGCUGCGCAGGGGACCCAGAGCCACCUUCGGGCGCCGGGUGCGGGACCAGCCCCCCCCCGGCCUGGCUGAUGGCACCUAUGGGGAGCACAAGUACCUGCGGCUCAAGGACUCAGAGGUGGUGCUCCACUAUGUGACCCGGGGUCCUGCCACAGCCCCAUUGAUGCUGCUGCUCCAUGGCUUCCCCCAGAACUGGUUCUGCUGGCGCCACCUCCUGCAGGAGUUUGGUGGCCGGUACCGGGUGGUGGCUCUGGACCUCCGCGGCUAUGGAGCCUCCUCCAAGCCCCGCGAGCGGCAGCAGUACCGGCUGGAGCUGCUGCUGGAGGACGUGCGCCAGGUCAUCGAGGAGCUGGGAGCAGCCGGCAGGGCCCCCGGAGCCCCCCCCGCGACACACAAGUGUAUCCUGGUGGGACACGACUGGGGGGGGGUCCUGGCCUGGGAACUGGCCGAGGGGCACCCGGAGCUGGUGGAGAAGCUGGUGGUGAUGGAUGCGCCGCACCGCGCUGUCAUGGCGGGCUUCACCCUGGGUCACCCCACUCAGCUCCUUCGCUCCAGCUUCGUGUUCCUGUUCCAGCUGCCCUGGUUACCGGAGCUGCUGCUCUCCCUGGCGGACUUCGAGCUGGUGAAGCUCAUCCUGACCGGAGCAUGGACUGGGAUCCAGAGCCCCGGCCGGAGCCUGACGGAGCAGGAGCUCGAUGCCUACAUCUACAGCCUGGCCCAGCCUGGGGGGCUCAGCCCCCCCCUGCACCACUACCGGAACCUCUUCAGGGGCCCCCCGAUCCCCCGGGAGCCUCCCCCCAUCCCCACCCUGCUGCUGUGGGGUGGCCAUGACGCCCUCCUGGACCCGCGGUUGGUGCCAUCCCUGCGCCGGUGCCUGCGGCCCAGUGCCAGGCUCUGCCUGCUGCCCGAUGCCAGCCACUGGUUACCUGAGGACCAGCCCCGAGCCCUGGCACGCAUCAUACAGGACUUCCUGGAUGGGGGCAGCCUGCACCCAUAGUGCACCCAUGGGUGCUCACAUAGCGGUGCCUGUGGGUGCUGCCAUAGCGGUACCCAUGGGUGCUCACAUAGCGGUGCCCAUGGGUGCUCACAUAGCGGUACCCAUGGGUGCUCCCCAUAGAGGUACCCAUGGGUGCUCCCAUAGCGGUACCCAUGGGUGCUCCCCAUAGAGGCACCCAGGGUUGCUCCCAUAGUGGUACCCAGGGGGGUGCCAAUAGCAGCACCCAUGGGUGCUCCCAUAGUGGUACCCAGGGGGGUGCCAA